AUGGCUCCCACUGCAGUAGACGUGGUCGACUCGGGCCCAGCAUCGUCUGUCGGCAUCAAGUCGGUUGGCGGCAAGUCGGUAGCUCGGACGCAGCUCCACCCGCUCGACGACAUUACUCCCGCUGAGAACAAGCUGGCGGUCGAGCUCAUCCGUGCCUACCACGCCCAGGAUGGUUUCGACCCCUGGUUCAAGUCGGUCCAGCGACAGGAACCUCGCAAGGCGGUUCUGCUUCCCUGGCUCGAUGCCUACCAUGCCGGCAAGAAUCCGGCGCCACUGCCGCGCAAGAUCGAGGCGAUCUACAUCGAGCCCAAGACGGCCAAGAUCCACGAAACCGUACUCGACGUAGCCUCGCAAAGCGUCGAGUCGCACACCGUCGUGGCGGGCGCCCACCGUACCAACCUCGACAUCACGCAGCUCGAGGAGUUCGAAAAGGCGGUGGUGCAGGAUCCGCUGGUUCACCAGGCGCUCAAGGAGCUCGGUCUGGAGGCUGACACGCCCAUCGCUUCCGAUCCGUGGAUCUUUGGCGCCGACUCGUUCGAGGACCAGCCGUACCUGAUGCAGUUCCUCAUGUACCUCAAGUCGCCGCGCACGGGACACGAUGGCGACUCGUUCCACUACUCGUGGCCGCUGCCGUUCGUGCCUGUCGUCGACGUGCUGACGGGCAAGAUCACGCGUGUCGACUGGUGCUACACCGGCGACUCGGCCGACGGCAUGGUGCACACCUGGAAGCAGGGAUGGGCGCAGUCCAACAUGGAGGAUCGCGAGUACAUGCCGCAUCUCCAGCCCAACUUCCAGGCGCGACCGGGUCUCAAGCCGCUCAUCGUUCAGCAGCCCGAGGGUGCGUCGUUCACGGUGAGCGGCAAGAACGUCGAGUGGCAGGGAUGGAAUUUCCGCAUCAGCUGGACUGCGAGGGAAGGCUUGGCGCUGCACGACCUUCGAUUCAAGGGCCGAUCCGUCUUUCACCGACUGUCGAUGUCCGAGAUGACGGUACCGUACGGCGAUCCGCGUCCGCCGCUGCACCGCAAGCAGGCGUUCGAUGUGGGCGAUGCCUCGUGCGGCUUUACUGCCAACAGCCUCGGUCUGGGGUGCGACUGCCUGGGUGCGAUCCACUACUUUGACGGCCACCUUGCGCUGCCCAACGGCGAGCUGCUUCAGCAGCAAAAGGUGGUGUGCAUGCACGAGGUCGACGACGGCCUGGGCAUGAAGCACACCAACUACCGAACCAACAACCCGUACGUGGUGCGUCGCCGCACGCUCGUGCUGCAGACCAUCAUCACGGUGGCCAACUACGAGUACAUCUUCUUGUGGCACUUUGACCAGACGGGAGCGAUCUCGUUCGAGGUGCGUGCCACGGGUGUGCUGUCCGUGUCGCCCAUCGAUGCGGGCAAGACGUCGCCGUACGGCAACGUGGUGUCGCGCGGUGUGCUGGGUACCAACCACCAGCACAUCUUUUGCGUUCGCGUCGACCCGCGCAUCGACGGCGACGGCAACACGGUGCACUACGAGGACAGCGUGGCCAUGCCGUUCAGCACGGAGGCCGACAAGCUGGCGAACCCGCACGGCGUGGGCUACACGGUGCAGAAGACCGUGCUGACGCACGAGGGCGGAGCGGAUCUGGCUCCCAUGCAGAACCGCACGUUCAAGAUCACCAACCCUAACAAGAUCAACGCCAUCUCGCAGAAGCCGAUCGGAUACAAGAUGCACGUGCCUGCGACGCAGCUGCUGCUGGCACACCCAGAUUCGGUGGCGUAUGCGCGCGCCGAGUUUGCAAGACACCACGUGUGGGUGACCAAGUACCGCGACGACGAGCUGUGGGCGGGCGGCAAGUACACCAACCAGUCCAACGGCAAGCAGGGCGGACUUGCGACGUACAGCGCAGGCAAGCAGAGCACCGUCAACGAGGACGUGGUGGUGUGGGCCGUGUUUGGUCUCACGCACAACCCGCGUGUCGAGGACUUCCCCGUGAUGCCCGUCGAGUCGCUCAUGAUGUCGCUCAAGCCCAACGACUUUUGGGAGACGUGCCCGAUCCUCGAUAUCGCCACCAGCUCGCAGGCGGUCAACCGAUCGACGCUGCUCAGCUCGCACGAGGGCGAGGCGGAGUCGUCGUCGGCAUGCUGCAAGAUGUAG